UUCCGAUCCUGCCCUGCCAGCGCCGGGGACGCGGAGCUCGCGCUCCCGCCCGAGCCGCGGGGAAACGGAGACAAGGAGACGCCGCCGCCCCCCGGCGCCCCGGCCCUGCGCCCGCAGCAUGCCGGCAGGGGAGCCGAGCGCUGCCCUCCUCCAGCAGCUAGCGGAGGCGACGCCGCCGGCCUCUGGACCGCCGCUGCGAGGGUAGCGGGGCUGGAGUCGGCUACCCAGGCGGCGCGAGGCGGGCGGAGCUGGAAGAGGAGCAGGCAUCCUCCGCGGCGCGGCGGGCGGCGGCCCUGCCGCCCGGCGCGCCCAUGGCUCGGGAGCACGGAGAAUGCGAGCCGCGUUGCGCGGCCGCAGCCCAGCUCCGCGCCGCUUGCCCGGAGCCCCCCAGAGCUGCCUGCGUCGCCGCCGCCCCCCAGCUGCGGGCGCCCGGCCGCUGGCUGCGCUAGGACCCACGGCCGCCGGCCGCGCAGGGGUGGUGGCCCGGGAGCAUCGGGAGCCAGAGGGCCCGGGCGCCGGCCGGGGUGCAGCGCGGCAUGCAGCUGUGGGCUCCGGUGCCGGCGUGAGGGUUGUCGGCGCGGGGCCCCGCCAUGGCUGGCAAGGACAGUGGCAACCUGAAGACCGUGAGACUGUGGCGGGACGCCGCCCUGCGCGCCAGGAAGCUGCGGAGCAACCUGCGCCAGCUCACGCUCAGCUGCCCGGGGGCCGGAGGCGAUCCACUCGAGUCCUCCGACGCCCCCCAGCUGGUGCUGCCGGCCAACAUCGGGGACAUUGAGGUGCUGAACCUGGGGAACAACGGCCUGGAGGAUGUGCCUGAAGGUCUGGGGUCGGCUCUGGGCAGCCUUCGCGUCUUGGUCUUGCGCAGGAACCGCUUUGCCCGGCUGCCCCCUGCAGUGGCGGAGCUAGGCCAUCACCUUACGGAGCUGGACGUGAGCCACAACCGGUUGACAGUCCUGGGUGCCGAGGUGGUGAGCGCCCUAAGGGAGCUGCGCAAGCUCAAUUUGAGCCACAACCAGCUGCCAGCUCUGCCUGCCCAGCUGGGUGCCCUCGCCCACCUGGAGGAGCUGGAUGUCAGCUUCAACCGGCUAGUGCAUCUGCCAGAUUCCUUCUCCUGCCUCAACCACCUGCGCACCCUCGACGUGGACCACAACCAACUCACCGCCUUUCCCAGGCAGCUGCUGCAGCUGGCUGCCCUGGAGGAGCUGGACGUAUCCAGCAACCGGCUGCGAGGCCUACCUGAGGAUAUCAGUGCUCUGCGUGCCCUCAAGAUCCUCUGGCUGAGUGGGGCCGAGCUUGGCACCCUGCCCGGCGGCUUCUGCGAGCUGGCCAGUUUGGAGAGCCUCAUGUUAGACAACAACGGGCUGCAGGCUCUGCCCGCCGAGUUCAGCCGCCUGCAAAGGCUCAAAAUGCUCAACCUCUCGUCCAACCUCUUUGAGGAGUUUCCUGCUGCGCUGCUGCCCCUGGCUGGUCUGGAGGAGCUCUACCUUAGUCGCAACCAGCUCACCUCAGUGCCAUCUCUUAUCGCCGGGCUGGGCAAGCUUCUCACCCUGUGGCUGGAUAAUAACCGCAUCCGCUACUUGCCGGACUCCAUUGUGGAGCUGACUGGCCUGGAGGAGUUGGUGCUUCAGGGCAACCAGAUCGCUGUCCUGCCCGACAACUUUGGCCAACUCUCCCGGGUGGGCUUGUGGAAAAUCAAGGACAACCCACUGAUUCAGCCCCCUUACGAAGUCUGCAUGAAGGGAAUCCCCUACAUUGCAGCUUACCAGAAGGAAUUGGCUCAUUCGCAGCCAGCGGUGCAGCCCCGCCUCAAGCUGCUCCUGAUGGGCCACAAGGCUGCAGGAAAGACCCUGCUCCGACACUGCCUCACUGAGGAUAAAGUGGAGGGAGACCAAGGAGGAGGGGACAAGGAGAAGAGCUACCUACUUUUCCCUCCCCUUGGGAGCAAGGGCAUCGAGGUGACCAGCUGGACUGCGGAUGCCUCCCGGGGCCUGCGGUUCACUGUGUAUGACUUGGCUGGUGAUGAAAGCUAUGAAGUGAUACAGCCUUUCUUCCUCUCCCCAGGAGCCCUGUAUGUGCUGGUGGUCAACCUGGCCACCUAUGAACCUCGCUGCUUUCCUACUACUGUGGGCACCUUCUUGCAUCGGGUGGGGGCCCGGGUGCCUCACGCCGUGGUGUGCAUUGUGGGCACGCACGCGGACCUGUGUGGGGAGCGGGAGCUUGAGGAAAAGUGUCUGGACAUUCACCGCCAGAUCGCCGUCCAGGAGAAGCACGAUGCAGAGGGCCUAAGUCGUCUAGCCAAGAUAGUAGAUGAAGCCCUGGCUCGGGACUUCGAGCUGCGCUCUGCCAGCCCCCACGCGGCCUACUACGGCGUUUCAGACAAGAACCUUCGGAGGCGCAAGGCCCAUUUUCAAUACCUGCUUAACCACCGGUUGCAGAUCCUCUCUCCCGUGUUGCCUGUGAGCUGCAGGGACCCCCACCAAUUGCAACGCCUUCGCGACAAGCUGCUCUCUGUAGCUGAGCACCGAGAAAUCUUCCCCAACUUACACAGAGUCCUGCCUCGAUCCUGGCAGGUGCUGGAGGAGCUGCACUUCCAGCCGCCUCAGGCACAGCGACUGUGGCUGAGCUGGUGGGACUCUGCCCGCCUUGGUUUGCAGGCAGGGCUGACGGAGGACCGGCUGCAGAGUGCGCUUUCCUACCUGCAUGAGAGCGGCAAGCUGCUCUAUUUUGAGGAUAGCCCGGCCCUCAAGGAGCAUGUCUUCCACAACCUCACCCGCCUCAUUGACAUCCUCAAUGUCUUCUUCCAGAGAGAUGCUUCACUGCUGCUGCAUAAACUGCUCCUGGGGACCAGUGGAGAGGGCGAGGGAGAGGGGGAAGGCUUCCCCACUGUAGCGGUGCCCACCCCGGGUCAGGAUCCACUCCGGGCUACCCAGCUUCAUCAUUAUGUGGAAGGCUUUCUGCUGCAUGGGCUCCUUCCAGCCCAUGUCAUUCGGUUGCUGCUUAAGCCUCAUGUCCAGGCCCCGCAGGACUUGCAGCUCCUACUGGAGCUGUUGGAGAAGAUGGGACUGUGUUACUGCCUCAAUAAACCCAAAGGCAAGCCUUUGAAUGGCUCCACAGCUUGGUACAAGUUCCCAUGCUACGUCCAGAAUGAGGUGCCCCACGCAGAGGCCUGGAUCAAUGGGACCAACCUAGCUGGGCAGUCUUUUGUGGCCGAACAGUUGCAGAUCGAAUAUAGUUUUCCCUUUACCUUUCCACCUGGAUUGUUUGCCCGCUACAGUGUCCAGAUCAACAGUCACGUGGUGCACAGGUCGGAUGGGAAAUUUCAGAUCUUUGCAUAUAGAGGGAAAGUUCCUGUGGUGGUGAGUUACCGACCCGCCAAGGGGGUCCUGCAGCCAGACACCCUGUCUAUUGCUAGCCAUGCAUCAUUACCAAAUAUAUGGACCGCGUGGCAAGCCAUCACCCCUUUGGUAGAGGAACUGAAUGUCCUACUUCAGGAAUGGCCUGGACUGCACUACACUGUGCAUAUCCUCUGUUCUAAGUGCCUUAAGAGAGGGUCCCCCAAUCCACACGCUUUCCCAGGGGAGUUGCUGAGUCAGCCCAGGCCAGAAGGGGUAGCAGAGAUCAUCUGCCCCAAGAACGGCAGCGAGCGAGUGAAUGUGGCCUUGGUUUACCCACCUACACCAACUGUGAUCAGCCCCUGUUCCAAGUAUCUUCAUACUUUCUUGGACAAUUAAGUGGAAAGGAUAGUGCUUCUUUCCCUCUGCUACCAUUUUUACUGUACCCAAUCUGUGACUUUAGGAGCACCAAGCUUUAAGGGAAGAACGUUGGUGAAAAGCACAGAAACCAGUGACAUUCGUGGCUGUGGAAUUUCCAUGGAGUAAACAGAGCAUGGGAACUGACUGGGACAUCUCUUGCCCCUGGCGAGCCUGCUGUGCUCCCAAGCGCCUUUGGGGCCCAGGGUGAAACCACCGCACCAGGUGCCUGCAGAGGACCUUUGGAGGGGAGGGAGGGGCUGGGAAGAUGGGAGCCAACAUGGAGCAAAUGUUUCACAACCUGAACCUCAGAACUGUGAUCCUCCAGGGAGAGAGCUACUUGAAGAAAAGAAAAAAAAUGUUGAAUGGCUUCUCAGGGAUUUUGUUUUCCAUGUACACAUAAGCCAUAGUUCCAGUCCGGGUGGCAGUGUUACGAGCACUCAGAUUUCAGUUCUGUUCAAUGUGAAGGAGGGAUCGACCGACGUUCAUCGCUGUUCCGUCACUAGUGUAAAAUAUGUAUAUGUUAAUCUUUAUUUUUAUAAUAUGCAAAUACAUUUAAAUUUAUACAGUUGGACGCUUCUAGCAUUAGUUAACACUGGGUGCAAUAUUCUGCAUGAGAACUGUGCCAAGAUGGGGCUGGUGUCUUCUUUUAGUGUCAGACUUUUUGUUCGUCACCCUUUAGCCCGUCUUCUCAACUGAAAAGGCAAAGGAAAGCUAACCUCUUCCUGUUAGUCCAUGGGUGGAUUCAGUUCUUAGAGCUCUAAUAAUCACCAAGAACAUUCAGCCCAUCUUUCCAUCACACCCCCCUGCCUGUUAGUCACUGGGCAAGGGGUUAGAAUGAAUCUCUUCUCUCCCUACACAUCACCACUGCUAGGGGCAGAGGGAGGCAUUCCUAGGGGCCAAACGGAGUGAGGAAUCUGUGAAAGCCAGAAUCUUGGAACAAUUUAAGAUAAUCUGAGGUCAAUUCUCAGUCAUGCAGCAAUUCUACUGUUCUGUGCCCUUUCCCCCUGGAGCAGUGUGGUGAUUUAGCAGAACCCUGUGUGAACUUCCACAUGGGCCUGUGAACGGUCAGGUAGGACCAUACUUUCACAGAACUCCAUCCCUCAUGGGCUCUUUUUCAUUCAGAACCACUUGGAGGACAUCUGCUACCAAGAGCUAGUAAGUCCCUUGUUUUGAAAUCUCUGGGAGGUAAACACUUAAAAACAAUCCCCACAAACAGCAUAAGCUGCAGUAGUGACACAUUCUCUGCAGAUCCUGAGGGGGUCUGUUUACCCCGGCCUCCUCAAGUGUUGACAGGAAGCGUGUAAAACUAACUGUUCCCCACAAGAAAAGUGAGUCAGCUGGCCCUACUCUAAAGCUUGUUUGUGAAGUAUUGACUCUUGGAAUGCCAAGCACUCGCAGUCACCACAAAUCUUUAGGAGAAAUGCAAGCAGGUGUUUGCAUCAUGGGAAAUUACCAAUCAAUUUGUGUAGAAUCUGUUCCGUUGACUUUCCUGCCCCCCCCAACCCGUCCCACAAAGGCGGUUUCUUGGAAAUCAAAAUUGAGUGGCAAUCCUCUCUUUUUGUGUUUUGAAUACUUGACUAUGACAAAUCCAGUUUGAGAUUUCCUUUUUCCUUUUAGAACAGGAUGGAUCAGAAUUUGGUUGAUCUUUUUUGUCACAGUUCUCAAUGUGUGUGUGUGUGUGUGUGUGUGUGUGUGUGUGUGUGCACGCGCGCGCGUAAGUGUAAACUGAAGGGUUAAUGUUUUGUUGCUUUACGGACCACUGAAUUAUUUGGGCAAUAGUUUUGUUUUGUUUUUUUAAGUUGGCACCAGUCAGCUCUGAAACUGUCAAGUCCAGAGACUGACCAGUCUUAUACUAUCAUACAUGACUUUGGGCUUACUCCCCAGAGGGUCAUAUUAAAUAAAAAUAAGGCUCCUUGGGGGAGUAUACCCUGCAAAUGGUUGCUAUUUUCAUAAACACAAAAGCCCAUAUUCCGAAUAUCUGCUACUUUUUGACAAGUGAUGUUUGUGUUAUCAUCUGAACCCUAGAGAAGCAGUGUAGUUGAGGGAGCCUUGGUUGUCACAUGUGUUACCGCCAGGGUCGACUUGGUCAGAGGGUCAUGUGCCUGAAGAAGCUCCAGCAAAGCCUGAGAACUUGCCUCAGUGUCAGGGGAGGGUUGGAGACACAGAAGCCACUCCGAUCAAGAGGAAUUUCAGCAUCGACACAGGCAAUUCUGUUUCCUCCUUUCAACACCUGGGAAGACUCAGAAACUAGCCGCUGAGGGGUCGUCCACUAAGCACAAGAGGUAUCGUUCUACCCAAGGAACCCCUUGCCUGUCAAAUGCUCUCCAAGUUUGUUAUGGUUCCUAUUCCUACAACUAUAGUGGUUAUCCCAACCACUUCCUGGGAUUGUAAAAGUGCUGCCAGAAUAAAUGUUUUCCCCCUUCUAAGGAAAAAAAAAAGACAGUGCUCACAUUUGACACGUGCACUGGACUCUUUUGAAUGAAUAACGAGGAAGGGCUUGAUGCGAUUCCAAUGGAGUGUGUGUUUUUCAUGCUGCGGUCUGUGAAUUGUAGUUGUGGUUUCCCGGUUCAUUGUCCUAACAGGGCAAAAAUUUAAAAAAAAAUCAAUAAAAAUACAAUGAAAUGUUUAAACCA